CGGACGACACGAGGGAAGGCACCAUUCACACACACACACACUCUAUCCAUUCCAUGGCGUCGCAUGAGUCAGCUGCAUCACUCACACUCAGAUGAGUUUCCACUCGUCAGUCAGGCGAUCUGUGAUAGCUAUUCCCCCACCUUACUUAGCACUGACACACGCCAUGCAUGCCGUACACACACCAACAGCAGCCACAUGAAGCCCCCGGUCCCCGUCCCCCCGCCGCACUGCACGGCGUAUCUCUGUGGGUGGCGAAGGAAUCACAAACAGGCAAAGCGACACUGGAGACACCACAAACGUAUGUAUGCACACAAUGACAUCUCCCUCCCUCCCUCCCUCCCUCUCUGUCUUGUGUGUGUGCGCCCGGAAGAAGGAAAGAUGAGGCAGCGAUGGUGAGGCAGACACCGGGCAGACACACGAACACGUACCCAGCUAGAUGCCCUGUUGAAUGGAUGGACGGUUGGUGUGAUUGAGGCGAGAAACGCCACGCCCAGCCAUCGCCAAAGAGAGCGACAACAGGCCACACAUACACACAUUGGGGGAGCGAUGAGGCACCAGCAAAGCAUGACAUUACAUGCCACAAUUGCCCAGCGAGUGUGCCAUGUAAUCUACCUCUUAGCAGUAUUGUGGCCGUGUUCGUGCUCGUGCUCUGCACAGUGCACCAUCCGACCGCCCGACUAUGUGUGUGUGUGUUGUUCUGUCUGCCGCAGUAAGUCAAAUCGCAUAUGUGUGUCUUCCAUCCCGUCACCCCCACGCACGCACACCCAGCAAGGGGGACAAAAAAGAGGAAGACACCAUCCCAUCACUGACACCAUCCACUCCAUUGCAUUGCACCGGUCACUAGCGAGGCAGCUGCAUCGCACAACACACAUGAGUUGUCACUAGCUAAGCGGCACACAGACAUUCUCGACAACAAGAACGACAAAACACGGCACACUUGUUACGCGUGGGUAGCCGACACGUAGAGAGUGGCCGUCCAUGUCUCUCAGGAGUAUCUUGGCGAGAGGCAGCUGGCGAACCAGGAGAGCGGGUUCAACCACGAGAACGCCCCCGCCUUCUUGUCAACCUCUGGCACCUGCACAAGCACAACGGCCGAGAGGGAACCACACAUUUGACUGCAUGCUGUGUGUGCUGUUCUGAAGGCGUUCGUACGUUGUUGGUGAGCUUCGAUGAGGUAUGGAGGGAGGGGAUUGCCGCUGGUUUGACGGUCUCGGCCAUCUCCCACACACACACACACACACACACGCACACAGAGCAGACCACACAUCAUGAGCCCGAUGGAUAAGCGGCAUGCAGCCCCAUAUAUCAGUGUUUCUGCAGUGCAUGCAAUGUGUAAUCCCCUUCUGCCUAUUCUGAUGUGCAGUCCGCUUACGUCUUGGCCUAUCCCGAAUAUUUCUACGUCAUCCAGCUCCUCGAACGCGUUUCUCAGGGCGCCUGCUGCUGCCCGUGACGGGCGUCAGUGGACCAGGGAAGGUGAGCAUCGCCUUGACGAGCUCCUGCUGCUGCAGGGGGUCGGUCCAGCCCAGGGCCUUGAUGAGCUCCAGCAGGUCGGCCUCGCUCAUGCCGCCGUAGGUGCGGCCGUGGGCAGGGGCGGCGUAGUAGUACUCCGUCUCGCACACGGAGCUGGCCGCUGAGCUUGUGGGGCUCGGGGGGGAGUAGUACAUGACUGAAAGAUGGCGACUGGUCGGCGAUGCAGAUGGCUUGCUGCAGCGACGCAGGGGGCGUGAAGAGGUGUUCUUUGAACGAGG